AUGAUAAUUAGUAACAAAAAUAUCUUGCAAGAAAUCUAUUCUAUAAAACAAACAAACAGAACUUCCAAACCCUCUCGCAGUCCUUUUGUUCCAAAGUUGCGCAAAAAGCCAAAAAAAUCACAAAAAAUAAAUAUAAGAACUUUUGCAGAUGUGGAAUCUUUUGAAGAAACUGGUAAGAUUGAAAUUGAUGAUAAAGGAAUAGACCAAGUUGAAGAAAUAGACCAAAUUGAAGGAAUAGACCAAAUUGAAGAAAUUAAUGAAGUUGAUGAAACUGAUGAAAUUAGUGAUAAUGCUAAAGACGAAAUUAAAAAAACUAGGGCAGACGAGGUUGUUGGUGGUCUUGGAUGCAUUACCGCAUAUCUGCCUCAAGGCAAUGAUCUUGCUGGUGUUAAACAACAUAAUGCUAUUCAUGGUUGCAGAUCAUGCAAUAUUUCUAGUGAUCACCUUACGGAUAUAAACUAUAAUCACAUAGCAAAUGCCUGUUCCCACUAUCAAACCAAAAAACAAUUAUUAGAAAUUGAAUGUCAACAAACACAAAUAGUAAAGGAACAUCUAGCUACUAAAUAUGGGUUAAUAACUUCUCUUGGACCUUUUAGUAUCCUCCAAUGGGAUCAACAUAUACAGUCUCCACAAGACAUAUAUCAUUCUAUAGGUGAAAAGGCUCAAACUUUGCUGAAUGCUACAUUUAAUAUACUUAACAAUAGUGGUGAAAAAGCCUUUAUAGAAUAUUGGAAAACUAUUGAAAAACUUAGUAGUUGGGGCAGAUUGCCUAAUCCAAUAAGGCAUCAUCAAAGCUUUAUGUUUUUUGAUGUUUUAAAAAUCUCAAUGCUGAUGCCAUUUAUACUUAGGCGUUUCUUAAACUCAUAUCAUAUAAAAAAAGAGAUUUCACCAACAAAACAAACUAAGCAACUUUGUAUCCUUUGGGCAGUUGAGGCUAAA